AUGGGUCUUCGAUUUUCUUCUUUUCUAUUUUACUCUACCGCUUCUUCCGGUCCCACUCUCGGUGAUUUACCGGAGAGUUGCGUCGCUUCCAUUAUCGGCUACAUGGAUCCUCCUCAGAUCUGUCAACUUGCUACAUUGAAUCGAGCUUUUAACGCUGCUUCUUCUGCUGAUUUUGUUUGGGAAUCCAAAUUGCCGUCUAAUUAUCAUCUUAUCCUAAACAAAAUCUUCGACGAUUUUCCAAUUGAUUUGGGAAAACGUAAUAUUUACGUUUCUCUUUGUAGCCUCAAUGAUCUUGACAGAGGCACCAAGAAAGUUUGGCUUGAUCGAGGGACUGGUAAGCUUUGUUUGGCUAUUUCAGCUAAUAAGGGACUAUCGAUAACUGGGGUUGAUGAUAGGAGAUAUUGGAAUCAUAUCCUUACUGAAGAAUCUAGAUUCAGUACUGUUGCAUACCUUCAGCAUACCUGGUGGUUUGAAGUGGAGGGGGAAGUUGACUUCCCAUUUCCUGCUGGAACAUAUAGCUUAUUCUUCAGAGUACACCUUGGGCGAGCCCACAAGAGGUUUGGACGUCGGGUCUGCAACACUGAACAUGUUCAUGGGUGGGACAAAAAGCCCGUGCAAUUCCAACUUUGGACAUCUGACGGGCAAUACGUUGCCUCCCAGUGUUUUCUGAAAGGAACUGGCAAUUGGACUUUUUACCAUGCAGGCGAUUUCACUGUUGAGGAUGGAAAUUCAUCAACCAAAGUCAAGUUCUCUAUGACUCAAAUUGAUUGCACACACACUAAAGGUGGCAUCUGUUUGGAUUCUGCAUUUAUUUACCCAAGCGAAUUCAAAAAGAGUAAGUCAUUUUUAAAUUGCUCAUAA